UUACGUUGGGCUACUGUACUGUUUUGCGGCAUCUAAGGCAACCCUAGUAGGCGACUUGACGGAGAAGAAAAUGUGGUUAGCGAUGUGAGAUGUGUCGUAUUUGCAAUGGCAAGAGGUCUGUUACCAUGGGUCUGGCUUAGGAAGCCCAUUUACAUCCAGGCCCGGUUCUCCUACAUUCACAUGAAGUACCUGUUCUUUUCCUGGCUAGCCGUGUUUGUGGGUAGCUGGGUGGUGUAUGUGGAAUACUCCGCCUACACUGAGCUGUGCAGAGGACACGAGUGCAAAAAUUCUAUUUGUGACAAGUACAGGAGAGGAAUAAUCGAUGGUUCCGCCUGCAGCAGCCUGUGUGAAAAAGACACUCUAUACCUUGGGAAGUGUUUGUCUGUAAAGCCUAAUAACCAGGUGUACUCCAGCAUCUGGGGUGAUCUGGAUGGGGUUGUCAAGUGCCAGGUGGAGGAGGUCCCUCACUACGACCUCGGGACCGAAAUAGAACCGAGGAAGGAGACUGCGCCCUUCGACAAGCCCACGAAGGGGACCUCUGUGGAGAAGUUUAAAGAGAUGGUCCUCAUCCACCUGAAGGCCAAGGUGGGCGAACAGGCCAACCUGUCCGACCUCGUGGGCCUGGUGAUGUCUGUGGCCGACGCCAACAAGGACGGCCAGGUCUCUCUGCCCGAGGCCCGUUCCGCGUGGGCCCUGCUUCAGCUCAAUGAGUUCCUGCUGGCCGUGGUCCUGCAGGACCGAGAGCACACGCCCAAGCUUCUGGGUUUCUGCGGGGACCUCUAUGUGAUGGAGAAGGUGCCGUACGCUCCCAUGUACGGCAUCAACCUGCCCUGGCUGGUGGAGAUGUGGAUCCCAUCCGGGAUGCGCCGCAGCAUGGACCAGUGGUUCACCCCGUCUUGGCCGCGUAAGGCCAAGAUCUCCAUUGGCCUGUUGGAGCUGGUGGAGGACGUGUUUCACGGCACCUUCGGCAGCUUCCUCAUGUGCGACGUGAGCGCCGCCGGCUUCGGCUACAACGAGCGGCACGACCUGAAGGUGACGGACGCUCGGAACAUCAUCCCCGAAGCCGUCUUCCAGGAAGCCAUGAGGGAGAGGCCCUGCGAGGCCGACGAGGACUGCCUGCACGGAGCCGACUGCCGCACGUCCUGCGACCUCACCAAGCACCGCUGCACGCCGGAGGCGAGCCGGCCAAACCUGGCCAAGGCGUGCGGGGCCCUGAAGGACUACCUCCUGCGGGGGGCGCCCUCGGACGUCCGCGAGGAGCUGGAGAAGCAGCUGUACGCCUGCAUCGCCCUCAAGGGCUCCGCGGAACAAAUGGAGAUGGAGCACUCUCUGAUUCUGAACAACCUUAAGACCUUGUUGUGGAAGAAAAUCUCUCACACCAAAGACUCCUAAUGAAUGAAGCUGAAGCGUUGUCUGCCAAGACGACUCCAGACCCUGACUUUGGGGUCUCUGACUGUCUCAAACUGAUUGACAUCAAGCAAAUCAUGCAUUACAAACGAGAUGGCCCAAUUGUUUUUGGUUCUUGUUUUGCUGUGCUGUACCAUGCAUUUGAUUGUUAACUUGUCACGCAUUUUUUAAAUGUUGAUUAUGAAAGCUGGUCAUUUGAUGUUGCAUCCCCUUUGUUAAUGUUUGAAGGGUCUUUGCAAUGUUUCUUGGGGCACACUGACUUUUGGCAAAUGUUUUCUAGCAAAUGGUUGAAGCAGCAUAAUUUUGCACAUGAAUAAUAAAACAUA